AUGGCGGCAGGUGCCCUUAUGCUCGUUUUGAUGGCCACCGUACUGACUGAUGCUACACCAAUCACGACACAGGUAGAGAUUCUACAGCAUCAGAUGUUGACGCUGAACGGUGUUCUGGAUAAUGUCAUCAGAGAAUUCGGCAAUCUGAGACAAAGACACGAAGAUCUAGAAACCAAGUUUAAUGGUCUCUCAGACGAGUUAACAGGCAUGAGAAAACAAGAAGAGAUGAUGAACCUUCGAAAGAGUCGAAAUCUUGGCAAACCUCUGGAGGAACAGCGGCAGAGCUGGAACGGAACAAUGUUCAAACCAACAUUCUCCUUGCAGAACCAUUGGAAAGGUCAAGGUUCAAACUCUGCAAAUGCUGGCACGAAAGGAGACAAGGGUGACAGUGGCCUACCGGGACCUAAAGGAGAUGCUGGUUUACUGGGACCAAAAGGGGAUGCUGGUCUACCGGGACCAAAAGGAGAUGCUGGUCUACUGGGACCAAAAGGGGAUGCUGGUCUACUUGGACCAAAAGGGGAUGCUGGUCUACUUGGACCAAAAGGAGAUGCUGGUCUACUGGGACCAAAAGGGGAUGCUGGUUUACCGGGACCAAAAGGAGACACUGGACAUAUCGGCAUGAAAGGGAAUUCUGGCCCACAAGGCUUACCUGGAAGUAAAGGACGAAAAGGAGAUAUUGGUAGAAAAGGAGAGCAAGGCGUAAACGGUAAGAAAAGACGAUGAAUUAAAACCGGCAGUAAGGAAGGGGCCAAGUUUAUACAGGAAGAAAU